AUGACUGAAAUCUUCUGGUACGCUCAUCCACUUUUCCUCCUUGUGCCUCUAACUUAUGCAAUGCUUGCUCAUCUUUACCAAUCACAUUCUGACGCAACAACGAAAUUUCAUGAGCCCUCGUACUUUACAUCUUCACAAGAAGUGGACCCGGAAUCUCAACCUUCAAGUUAUUCCAUUUUCGCCUCAUUCUUCUUUGCUUGCCAUUCAACAAUUGGUACCAUCAUUCAAUUGACUUGCUAUGAUACUUACCGGGAAUUCGUUUUUCGACUCAUUCGGUGUGAAAACCCGAUAAAGAAGAAGAAAAAGCUCCACCCAAUCGCUCGAGUUGCUGCAGCUUUGACAAAAGAUGUCCCUAAAACCAAUAUUACUGAGCGAUCACGGAUCUCAAAAAGCUCAGCAAUGUUU